AUCUCAGCAAAUAUAAUUAUGGCAACUAAUAGAGUUCAAUAAAUGGGUAAGCAAGCUGAUAGCCUCGUCUAAUUAAAUAAUAAAAAUAUAAAUAGCCAUCGAACAGCCAUUUCCGAGCCAUUAACAUGAUAAUAAAAUCACAAUCCAGCCCAGCGGAGAGACAAUUAAAGUGAUGUGGCUAAUGAGAAAAUGAAUGGGUUAUUAAAAUUCAUAAGUAUUUGUAUCAUUAUUGGUCCGUAUAUCCAGAAACGUACAAUGACAUACCAGUGAGCCACCGUGCCACUGUCGCCGUCUUGGACAGGUGUGGUGUGAAGUUUAGACCAAGUUUAGACCGACAGACGCCCGGGGCGGGUAAUUAAAUCAUUUGCCGGCCGUUUCACUUUUGGCCAACUUGGCAGCGGGGCGUUAACAAAAAAAUAUCAAGAGACCAACAAAUUGUACUUCUUUUUUAGAAAAUUAAAAAAAAACCUGGCCAAUUAUAAGUUUUCCAAGUCCUUCACGGAAAAGGACACUUAAGAUACCCAGCCUUCAGUUUCAGUCGAAAUGUCAAAGCUAAUCGAGGUGUGUUUGAGGAAUUUGUGGACUCAGCGGGUCACCUUCGCCAGGAUGGGCCUGGAGCUGCAGCCCGGCAAGGGUCAGCGAGUCCUGCGAUCUCCUCUCCUCUACGGCAUCAUGGUCCUUGCCACCAGUUUCGAACUCUGUACGGUGUGCGCCUUCAUGGUGGAGCAUCGAAAUCAGAUUGUUUUGUGUUCGGAGGCCCUGAUGCACGGUCUCCAGAUGAUUUCCUCGCUCCUCAAGAUGGCCAUCUUUUUGUUGAAGUCCCAGGACCUGGUAAGCCUGGUGCGGAUGAUUCAGGAUCCGUUUCAGGGGGAGGACAUCGGACUGGAUCAGUGGAGAGUGCAGAACCGCAGAGGCCAGCUACUGGCAGCCGUUUAUUUCAUGAUGUGUGCCGGGACGAGUGUAUCCUUUUGGGUGAUGCCUUUGGUGAUGACCCUGCUGAGAUUCUACAACACGGGAGAGUUUAUCCCAGUCAGCUCCUUUCGAGUGCUCCUACCCUACGAUGUCACGCAGCCCCACAUCUACGCCCUGGACUGUGGCCUCAUGGUGUUCGUCCUGAUGUUCUUCUGCUGCUCCACCACAGGCGUGGACACCCUCUACGGAUGGUGUGCCUUGGGCCUGAGCUCCCAAUACCGUCGUCUGGGCCAGAAACUGAAGACCCUUUCCCAAAACCCAGAUCCAUCUCGCAGCGAUUUGGGAUUGAGUGAACUAUUCUCGGAACAUGCUCGUCUGCUCAAGCUGGUAGGAUUCUUCAAUGCCAGCUUCAAAGAGAUUGCCUUCGUGGAGGUCCUGGUGAUCUGUGUCCUGUACUGCUCGGUGAUCUGCCAGUACAUCAUGCCGCAUACGAACCAGAACUUUGCCUUUCUGGGCUUCUACUCGAUGGUGGUGACCACCCAGCUGUGCAUUUAUUUGUUUGGAGCCGAGCAGGUGCGUCUGGAGGCCGAAGGAUUCGCCAGGCAGCUGUACCAGGCGAUGCCCUGGCAAGGACUCGGACCAGUUCAUCGGAGACUACUGCUGAUUCCAUUGCAACGCUCGCAGAAGGACACGGAACUGGGGGCCUAUUUCUUUCAACUAGGAAGACCUCUUCUGGUUUGGAUUUUUAGAACAGCUGGCUCAUUUACAACUCUACUAAAUGCUCUCUAUGGCAAGUAUGAAACUAACUAGUAUUUUUGGCGGCUAUUUUGGAUUAAUUUUCAUUGUUGGAAGGUUUUGAAAAAAUUUGGUGAAAUAUAAAAUAUUGUUUUAUAUAAAUUAUGGAAUUUUUUUGAGAAUAAAUAUAUGUCUAC